AUGCUGGCAGGGCUUUUACGCUCGGCCCAGAGCUGCUGCCGGUGUUACAGAGACAUGGGCAACACUCAGCAGGAACAGUUCCCAGAAGAAUCCUACUGCAACCUGGACACACAUCAGGCUCUAGCUGUGAUCCAGCUCUACCUGGUCCCCUUCUUCUUCCUGACGGUGCUGGUCCUCGGCCUGCCCCUCAACCUGCUCUCCCUCUGGAUCUUCUCCCAGCGCCUGCGGCGUUGGACCCGCAGCACGGUCUUCCUCUUCAACCUGACCCUGGCCGACACCUCCUGGCUGCUGACCCUGCCUUUCCUGGUCCGCUUCCACCUGGGCCGCCUGACCUGGAGGAUGGGCCUGCCGCUGUGCGCCGCCGUCAGGAUGUUUUACCACACCUGCUUCUACCUCAGCAUCUUCUUCGUCACCUGCGUCAGCCUGGACCGCUACCUGGCCAUCGUGCACCCGCUGCGCUCCCUGGUGCUGCUGGGCCGGAGGAGGACCAGCCUAGUGUGUGUGGCGGUCUGGACGGGCACCGUGUUCCUCAGCAUACCCGUGGCCAGAAUGACCGUCAUCCAAACGUGUCCCGAGAGCAACCGCACCACCUGCUCCUUGUACGUGCUGCUGAGACAGACCGAGGAGAGCCUGCCGUACUCGCUCUCGUGCUCCAUCUUCGGCUUCUUCUUCCCGAUGCUCUCCAUCUCUUACUGCGGCGUGCGCAGCCUCGCCGCGCUGCACCGCCGACCCUUCCGCCCCAAACCGUGCAGCAAGCAGAGGCGUCUGCGGCGGGUGCUGAGCGCGGUGGUGGUCCUCUUCGGCGCCUUCUACCUGCCCUACCACCUGAGCCGCAACGCCGCCAUCACAGUGCGAGCAUUGUACCCAAACAGCCCUGCCUCCUGGCGCCGAGCGGACCUGGCCUUCUGUAUGGAGAUGUGCGUCUGCAGCCUCGUCGCCUGCGUGAACCCGCUGCUCAGCUGCAUCAUGGUCAAGCAGUUCAGGAAGGAGUUUUACCGCACUUUGACUGUAAUGUGUCCCGGCAUGCCGCUGGUCUGUCAGACAUCUAAACACACCAAGUUGGCGAGGCCUAAAAUCUUUUGGUUCUCCUGA